AUCACUUACUCACGGGAAGCGCGUUGAAGGAGAUAGGUAUGUGGAGCUACUGUGGACCCAGUUUUACCAAGUCGUAGAACGCGCUUAUAAUGGACCCACUCAUUCUACCUUGGCCUAAGAUCUUCUUCUUUCACCCACUUUAACUUAACCGUUUCUCUCUUCCCUUCCCCUUACUCAACUCAAUCAUCACACAGUGAUGGUGGCGUUGUCGCUGUUUGCACAAUCAAAAUCCAAAAGUGGCAGUAGAUGACGAGAAAAGUUGAAGGCAGAGAAGCAUCCCAGACGCAAACAAACUCGGACAAUGGUUAGAAACAUGACACCAAAGUACUAAAAAGUCGAAUUACCAGAAGGAGAGAAGAAGAACGCACGCUGCACUCUCUAUCCCCUUUUAUCAUUUUUUUUUGGACCUUACCGUUCUUUUUCUUGUCCUUUAUGUUUCCUCCUUCUCUACCCUGUCGUAUCCACACACUAUAUAUGUAACUUUCUGCUCCCUUUCUUCUUUCUCUUUAUAUUUUUCCGUUCUCUGUCGCCGCAUGUUGCUCGAUUUUAAUACCCAACAACACCGCCGCAUACCCAUUUUUUCUUUAUUCCCUCAUGUCGCUCAAGCGCCGCCCCGAUGAUGGCAAGACUCCAGAAGACAAGCGGCGAAAGCCGCCUCCUUUCUCCAGUGUGGUGCGUGACGUGAUGAGAUUACAAUCACUCGGGCACUUGCUGGAGCCAAUUCUUGAGCCAUUGGUUCGUAAAGUGGUUAAGGAAGAAGUUGAAGCAGCCCUAAAGAGACAUUUAACCUGCAUGAAACAGACCUGUGGAAAGGAAUUGCAUACUACUGAAUUAAGAAAUUUGCAGCUGCAGUUUGAAAACAGCAUUUCUCUGCCUGUCUUUACUGGAGGUCGGAUUGAAGGAGAAGAUGGUUCUAACCUAAGAAUAAGUUUAGUUGAUGGCCUAACUGGAGAGGUUGUCUGUACAGGACCGGAAUCGAUGGCUAAGGUGGAAAUUGUAGUUCUUGAGGGUGAUUUUGAAGAAGAAAGUGAUAUUUGGAUGCCCGAAGAGUUCAAGAGCAAUAUUGUGAGAGAGAGGGAAGGAAAAAAGCCCCUUCUUACAGGAGAUGUAAUUUUAUAUCUUAAAGAUGGUGUUGGUAUGGUGGGUGAAAUUUCGUAUACAGAUAAUUCAAGCUGGACAAGGAGCCGCAGGUUCAGGCUUGGGGCAAGAGUUGUGGACAACUUUGAUGGUGUUAGAAUAAGAGAAGCAAAGACAGAAUCAUUUAUUGUCAGAGAUCACAGGGGAGAAUUGUAUAAGAAGCACCAUCCUCCUAGUAUGUCUGAUGAAGUUUGGAGAUUGGAAAAGAUAGGCAAGGAUGGAGCUUUCCACAAACGUUUGAGUCGGGAAAAGAUCCUUACUGUUAGAGAGUUUCUCACGCUUCUCAAUCUGGAUCCAGCAAAGCUGCGCAGUAUACUGGGCACUGGGAUGUCUGCAAAGAUGUGGGAAGUAACUGUGGAGCAUGCUCGAACUUGUGUACUUGAUACAACUAGGCACGUGUACUUCCCUUCUAAUUCUCAACAACAUGGUGUGGUCUUCAAUGCUGUGGGACAAGUCACUGGACUGCUUUCUGAAUGCGAGUAUGUCACAGUAGAUAAGCUGUCUGAAAUUGAAAAGGUUGAGGCUCAAAGCACAGUUUCUAAUGCAUUGAGACAAGGGGAGAAAUAUACAACUUUUGAAGAUGAAGAUUCUCUCAUGGAUGGUUCUUCACACUUAACUAAUGUACUUCACUCCCCAAGCUCUCCCAAGACUGAGGGAUCAAGUGCCAACAAGCUUUUGGGUCCCCAAAAGACUGGAGGAUUCAAUUACCCCCAAACAAAUGCCUCUUCUCCGGAUAUCAUGUCAUCCAUUUAUUCUGUUGGUGGAACUAGUAGCUUGGAUGACUAUUGCUUGCCUAGUUUCGACAACAUGGGCCUCAGUUUUCCAGUCCAAGUCUCGAACUCUUUGAUCUGUGACACUGAUUCAAUGGCUCAUGCCUUUAGUGAGGAAGAUCAUCUGCAAUUUUUUGAUACUGAUAUUCAAUCUCACGUUGAGGCAGAUUUACAGAGUGCUGUUGAUAGCUUCAUGCUCGCACGUUCUACGGCCAAUGGUGGUGCGCAGAGGAGAUGGAGAAAAGUAUGCAACGUCCUAAAGUGGUUCAUGGUUAGGAAACGAGGAAACCAAAUACAGGUAAGGUUGUGAAGAAUAUGAAAGUUCAGUCACUAAUGUACAUUGCGCUCAUAAAUGCGCCAAAAAAUUAUUCCGCCCCUUUUAAAGAGAAAAAGUUAUGGUUUCUCUUAGAUGUAAAUACAUCUGUGCAUUUGUUCUUAAAGCUUGCCAGAUGUCAUAGAAUUGCUCUACCCUUUUGUUAUUAAUUUUGUAAAUACUUGUAUUUUACGGUCAAGAGAGGAUUUCUGGUUGUUGGCAGAUGCUUAGUAAUUUCAAGAUCCAGUUCCCUUUAUUCUGGAUCAUAUUUUUGUAACCAUGUUGUCUAAUAAAAUCAGUUUUUUUCCCGA